UAAGUGUGAUAGUCCGAUUUCCUCGGGGUAUAAAGGCAGUGUAUCGUAUUGGCAAAAAUCACAUUUGUCAAGUCUACUAAGCAAGCACCAUGGCCGAUUUCAACGCUAUCCUGGAGAAGACCAAGGCUUUCAGCAAGAAGCCUCCCACCGAGGUGUACCUGGAGUUCUACGGUCUCUACAAGCAGAUCCACGAGGGCGACAUCAACAUCGAGAAGCCCGCCGAUGCCGAGGGUGCUGCCAAGUACGAUGCCUGGCUGGGCAGGAAGGGACUGUCCGUCGAUGCUGCCAAGGCCGCCUACAUUGCCCUGUACGAGAAAUACAACCCCAUCUAUGGUUAAGCUAGACACUAAUUUAUGAUCCCCUCAAUAAAUCUUGACCACCUGUGAA